AUGCGGAUCAUGACUCCGGAGCACUCCGUAGAAACCGUGGAUGAGGACGACGAGUUUGCGUCCGACGCGAAGUCGCCCGCAUACGACCCGUACCUCGAGGACUAUGUCCUACAGCUGGAGAAGCAGCUGUCGGUGAAAGCCGGCAUGCUCGAGGAGGCUCUGCGCCUCCAUCGCAGCUUCCACUUGCGCCUCUUGACCUUGGAAGAGGGCCUUGCCUGGAAGGACAACCAGCUGGCCGAGCUGGCCCAGCAGUACGAAGAUGCGUCGCUGAAGGCAUCUCGGGUUGCGGGGUCUGAUCUUCAGCUUUAG